AUGAACAAACUCAACAGCACCUGGAAGGCAGGAAAGACCUCACGCUUUUAUACUGUUGAUGACAUUAUAGCCGUCCUUGGAGUACUACCAAACUGUGAGGCUAUGCAACUACCCCUUUUGAAAAGCGAAAGCCUGGGUGCGGCAGACCCUUCCGAGGACUUCGAUGCCCGUAAAAAUUGGCCUGAAUGCCCAUCAAUUAAGAAGAUUCGAGACCAGUCUUCAUGUGGAUCUUGUUGGGUAAAAUAUUCAAAGAAAAAUUAUUACGCAAAUAAUAUCUUAGGCACACUUUUCAAGAAACGAUUUCAUGGGCAUCAAUUCUAA